AUGGGAAGAACCGGAAAAGCUGCCCGCGGUGGACCGGAUCAUGUCUCUCCAGACAGAAAUGCCAUCCCGCACCGCCCGACUAACGGUCAGGGCGUAAAUGCAAGCCUGCACCCACUUGGCUCAAGCAGGAUUACAGAGUCGGGCCAAUAUCCUAACAUCGUCAAGAAUCCUACUUCUAUCAAGAAUCCUACUCCCUCAGGAGAGGAUGGCCACGCUCAAGAGCCGGCGAGUAUGCGGAAGCGUAUCUUGUCCCCGGGGCAGGAAGGGGCCAAGAGGAGGAGGCUGCAAGAGAUGGAUACUAUCGUGCAGGCAGGAGCGAGCUCUGCGGGUGAGGGGACUAGGCAGCUUGAGCUGAGGGAAUGGGGCCCGCCCGGGGCGGCUGCGGCGUGUUGGCCGGCGCCAGCGCCGCAGCAGCAGCAGAAAAUGAGGAAACCGCAGCGUCGGGUACGAUCGAAAACCCAAGUUAGGCUAGAUAACGCCCGGGCCCAUGAGGCGGGCGGGCAUUAUCAAUCUUUCAAGAAUCCUAAGGCGACCGAGAACCUUAAGCUGACCGAGAAAUCUAAGGUGACCGGGAAUCCUAAGGCGGCCGAGAAACCUAAGGUGACAGAGAAUCCUAAGGUGGCCGAGAAACAUAAGGUGACCGGGAAUCCUAAGGUGACCGAGAAACUUAAGGCGGCCGAGAAUCUUAAGGCGAAGAAAGCUGCGGUAAUCAAAUCCACUGCUGAUCAUAAAUUGCCUGGGCCGUCGAACGGGACUGCGAUGAAAGAUCUCCUGAGGAGACUCGAUGUUACGAAGAAGAUCGAGAUCAUCAGGGAUGAGAACGUUGCUUGGAAUAACGAGCACCCUAAUCAACCACGUCCUCAGAGCUUGAGAGGAAGCUACAUUAAAGAGGAAUUCUUGAUAUUCACUGAAAACUCGGUGAUCUGUGAGCUCUGCAUAAAGGAGAUGAAUCCUAUGGAGAUGGAUGCUCACAUCAGACUGGGAAGUCAUAGGGGAGAGUGGAGUGCAUGA